GGUGGCGCUGUGUGUUUUUCUGCUUUGUUAGCUGUGUUUAGUUCUCCUGUGCCUCCAAGGUUCCUUUGAGGUCCAACAGGAGCGAACCAUCAGAACCUCUGUGUGUGCGGAUGAAGCUCGUAUAGUUCAGUGCUCUGAACGGACUUUGAGCCGUUCAACUGCCUUUAACACGUCAGCCUACGGAAGUUAGCUUAGCUUGCUAACUGUGAGCGUGUCGAAAUAAAUCCGAAUCAAAGCAUUAAAAGACUUUUGGGAACAGACGAGAUGGACCACAAACUGUCUGAUGUACUUGUAAAAACCGAAGAGACGCAGCAGAGAACAGAUAAGGCAGAAGAAGAGCUUCCCUUUGAGCAACAGGACUGGAAUCUGGACCGGGGCCACUGCAACCCUCCGCACAUUAAAGAGGAAGAGGAGGAACGCUGGAUCCUUCAGGAUGGAGAUCAGGUUCAAGAGGUGGGGAAGACUGAUGUCACAGUCAAGAGUGAACAUGAAGAGAAACCUCAGACCUCACAGAUUCACCACAGUCAAGCUGAGAGCAACUCACAGAAAAACAUGAAAACAGGAAGUAGUGAAAUCAACUGUGAAGGACCAGAACCUGCCAGCAACUUUAGUUAUCUACAAGCAGAUAUUGAUGACAAGACUUUAGUGUCUUACAAAUAUGUGACUGAAGACAAUGACAGUGCUGACAGUGACUUUUGGAAGGAGACCAGGGAACGUCAGCCCGGAUCACAUGAUAAAUGUAAUGUUGGGUUAGGGUUAGGUAAUGUUGAGAAACCAUUUAGCUGCUCCAAGUGUGGUAAAAUAUUUUCAUCCAGACAUCAUUUCAGGAGACAUGUGAGUGGAACAUUUAUGUGCCCUGAGUGUGGGCAACGAUUUGGCUGCAAGAACAGUCUGAAGAUCCACAUGACUCACACAGGAGAAAAACCUUUUAGUUGCACUGAGUGUGGUCGUAAAUUUAGCUCUGAGAGAAGUGUGGUAAUACACACAAAAAUUCAUACAGGAGAAAAACCUUUUAGUUGCACUGAGUGUGGUCGUAAAUUUAUCUAUGAGAGAGAUUUGGUAAUACACAGAAGAAUUCAUACAGGAGAGAAACCGUUUAGUUGUGCUAAGUGUAGUAAAAGAUUUGGAGUCAAGUGUGCGCUGAUCAAGCACCUGAGAAUUCAUUCAAAUGAGCCAAAAGGGAAACCCUUCAUCUGCGCAUUAUGUGAUAAAGAAUUUAAACAAGUGAAAAACCUGAGACUACAUGCAAAGAUUCACACGGGAGAGAAACCCUUCUGCUGCACUGUGUGCCAGAAAAAAUUUACAUGGAAAAUCUCCUUGGUACGUCAUCAUUGUGGUGGCAAAAUAUCACAUUAAUCAUCGAAAUUAUCGCUCCACUUUGGUAAGACAAAGUGUAUUAUAUUUGGAAACAAGUCCAGGAUUUCCUGCAGAA